AUGGCUCACCGUCCCGCGAAAGACUACGUAGGCCGAUGCCAAUGUCGAGAAAUGGGAUCCUACUCUUCACGCAACUCAUAUUUUGAUGCUUUUGCGUUCACGAGCCAAGGCAAGGUUGUGGAAUCUGUUCCGCGACAGACCGAACCCGUUCUUAAACUCUGCCACCACCCGUCGUCUACCCCAUCGCUCGACAAAGGAACAACAUUACACUCGGCCACCAUACACACGAUAAACCAGACCCAACGCCGACGCCCCCAACACCCAGUCCUCCGGAACGCACCCGUCACCGCC